AUGGAUCCUAAUACCUUACACUCACAUUCACAUUGUGUACAAUUGGAAAUUCACCAAGUUGUUCCACCACCUCACAAAACCACUUUACACAAACUCAAACUUCGACUCAAAGAAACUUUCUUCCCUGAUGAUCCUAUGCGCCAAUUCAAAGGAAAAUCUCCUAAGAUAAAACUUAUCUUAGGAGCUAAAUACAUGUUCCCUAUUCUUCAAUGGGGUUCUACUUAUAACUUGAAACUCUUUAAAUCCGAUCUUGUUUCCGGCCUCACUAUCGCUAGCUUGGCCAUACCUCAGGGAAUCAGUUACGCUAAGCUUGCCAAUCUUCCUCCAAUUGUAGGACUAUAUUCCAGCUUUGUUCCUCCACUUAUUUAUGCUGUUCUUGGAAGUUCAAGGGAUCUAGCAGUAGGACCUGUUUCAAUUGCGUCGCUUGUUUUAGGAUCUAUGCUAAGACAAGAAGUUUCACCUUCAGCAGAACCUGUUCUGUUUCUUCAACUUGCUCUUACUUCAACUUUCUUUGCUGGUCUAUUUCAAGCUUCACUAGGAGUUCUAAGGUUAGGAUUUAUUAUUGAUUUUUUAUCUAAAGCAAUCCUGAUUGGAUUCAUGGCUGGAGCUGCUAUAAUUGUGUCUUUGCAACAACUUAAGAGCUUACUUGGAAUCACACACUUUACUAAAGAGAUGGGUCUUGUUCCUGUUAUGACUUCUGUUUUUCAAAAUAUACACGAGUGGUCAUGGCAAACAAUAGUGAUGGGAAUUUGCUUCUUGGUGAUACUACUCAUAGCAAGACACGUUAGCAUAAGGAAACCAAAGCUAUUCUGGGUCUCUGCUGGAGCUCCUCUUAUGUGUGUCAUCAUCUCUACUCUUCUGGCUUUUGCAAUCAAGGCUCAAAAUCAUGGCAUCAGUCUAAUUGGAAAAUUACAAGCAGGAAUAAAUCCUUCUUCAUGGAAUAUGUUGAAAUUUCAUGGAAGCCACCUUGGUCUAGUUAUGAAAACAGGCCUUAUCACUGGCAUUUUGUCACUAACUGAAGGUAUUGCAGUAGGAAGAACAUUUGCAGCUCUGGGAAACUACAAAGUAGAUGGAAAUAAGGAAAUGAUGGCAAUUGGGUUUAUGAAUGUGGUUGGCUCUUUCACUUCCUGCUAUGUCACAACAGGUGCUUUCUCUCGUUCAGCUGUGAAUAACAAUGCCGGAGCAAAAACAGCAGCUUCAAACAUAGUAAUGUCUGUGACAGUGAUGGUGACACUCCUUUUUCUUAUGCCACUCUUCCAGUACACACCUAAUGUUGUAUUGGGUGCUAUCAUAGUCACGGCGGUGAUUGGCCUCGUUGAUAUCCCUGCUGCAUGUCACAUUUGGAAGAUGGACAAAUUCGACUUCCUUGUGAUGUUAACCGCUUUCUUAGGUGUUGUUUUUGUCUCAGUCCAGGAAGGCCUUGCUAUUGCAGUUGGAUUAUCGACUUUUAGGUUACUCCUGCAAAUUACGAGGCCUAAAACAGUAAUGAUGGGGAAUAUACCAGGGACAGACAUAUAUAGAAAUCUUCAUCAAUACAUGGAAGCUAAAAGAAUACCAGGCUUUCUUAUUUUAAGCAUCGAGGCUCCCAUCAAUUUCGCAAACAUCACAUAUCUCAAUGACAGGACAAUGCGAUGGAUUGAAGAGGAAGAGGAGGAUAAUGAAAAGGAACAGUCAAGCCUUCGGUUUUUAAUCCUAGAUAUGUCAGCUGUGAGCGCCAUUGACACAAGCGGAAUCUCACUUUUCAAGGAAUUAAAGGCCACAAUGGAAAAGAAGGGCAUUGAGCUUGUGUUGGUGAAUCCUCUAGCUGAGGUCAUAGAAAAGUUGAAAAAAGCAGACCACGGUAAUAAUUUCAUUCGAGCAGACAGCCUUUUCUUGACAGUUGGAGAGGCUGUGGCUUCACUUUCAUCGACAAUGAAGAGCCAAACAAUCAUGACUGAAGAAACACAAAACCGUGCCACAUAA